CUGUAAGAUUCCCAGAAAAAAAAAUGUAAGGCAAAGUACUAAUACAAUGACCAUAGAGGUAUGCAAACUUUGCACAGCUGUUAGAGUAACCCCCUCCAAAACGAGACACAUUUAUUAGAAAGAGAUUGUAAUGGACUAUAUAAGAGUCAACCCGAAGUCGGAGACAAAUAUUGUAAGUUGGUUUAUGAGCACAAGUACUUAUAUGUUUGAUAAAAUGCUGAAUGAUAUGAAAUUUCGCAAAUAUUCAAAGAAUGAGGAAGAAGUUAUUUUACAACAAAGUCCCCCACGUAAGUUUUUUGUAAAAUAGGUUGUACAAAAAUUCUGAUUUUUUAAUUUUUUAUAAUAAUGAAUCCAAUUUUAAGAAUUUGGUUUGAGGAGGAUGAAAAUGACAUCGCCGGCAUCGAUGAAGAGGAGGAGGAGGAUGAGGAUAAUGAUGGUGAUGAUGAUGAUGAUGAUGAUGAUGAUGAUGAUGAUGAUGAUGAUGAUGAUGAUGAACAGUUGACUAAUGAAGAGGAAAACAAUAUCGAAAUCAUUGACAUCUCCAACAACGAUGAGGAGGAGGAGGAGAAUAAAAUAGAGGAGGAGGAGGAUAAUGAACAGUUGACCAAUGAAGAGGAAAACAAUAUCGAAAUCAUUGACAUCUCCAACAACGAUGAGGAGGAGGAGGAGAAUAAAAUAGAGGAGGAGGAGGAUAAUGAACAGUUGACCAAUGAAGAGGAAAACAAUAUCGAAAACAUUGACAUCUCCGACAACGAUGAGGGGGAGGAUGAUAAAACAAUCAUUAUCGAUGAUGGCGACAAUAAUAUUGAAAUCAUCGACAUCUCCAACAACGAUGUGGCGGAGGAGGGUGACAUCAUUGUCAUUAAUUUAAAUUGA